AUGAGCUCCUCCAGCUUCAGCAGCCGCUCAGUGGGCUCGUACCCCCGCGCCGGAGCACAAAUCCCCCGGCAGGGUAACUCGUAUUUCGGCUGGACCCAGACCUGCAGGUUUGUACGGAUCCAGGAGAAAGAAGAGAUCAAAACUCUCAACAAUCGCUUUGCCUCCUUCAUCGACAAGUUUGACUUGAUCUCAUCGCAAGCUGACCAGUGCAACACUGAGCUGAACGACAAUAAAGGUGCAAUAGCUGAUUUGAAAAGACAGAUAACGCGACUGCAAAAAGAGAUAAUCUCAGCUAAAUCACAGCGUGAGAGUGUGGAGGAGCAAAUCAAAGAGGCGGGGCGUUGGGGUGAGGAGGCGGUGCUUGAUGCAAAAGAACAAAUCAAAUCGCUGGAGGACGCAUUGCAGAAAGCCAAACACAAAAUGACCAGACACAUUCGAGACUACCAGGAACUGAUGAAUGUCAAACUGGCUCUGGAUAUUGAGAUCGCCACCUACAAGAAACUGCUGGAAGGAGAAGAGGACAGGUGA